CCUCCGCUGUCACUCUGUUUACUCGCAGAUUACGAGGCAGUCUUAAAGCGGCGUGCGCGUGAGUGGACGGCAGUGAUGGCGCGCCUGUGGUUAUUGGUGUUCGUUGCCGGCGUGUGCGCAGGACAAAAUGGCAUCACACCAAAACCAAAGAAGGUUCUGGACACCAUCAUGAACCCCACCUACAUUCCAGCUGAAGAAAAACAUGGCUCCUUCUGGAAGAAAUCCGCAAAAACGACCAUCAAGUCCAAAAUAGCAGAAACACUAAAUACUAAUAAAGCUCAUAACGGCAUACUGUUCAUUGGUGAUGGAAUGUCGUUGGCAACUGUGAUGGCGGCGAGAACGUUUGGUGGGCAGCUGAACAAUGGAUUGGGGGAGGAGAAUGUGCUGGAGUUUGAGAGAUUCCCUGUUACCGGAUUGGCUAGGACAUACUGUCUCGACGCUCAAGUCCCGGAUUCUGCUUGCACCGCCACAUCCUACCUCACCGGUGUAAAGACGAAGUACGGAGUCAUUGGGUUGGAUGGCAACGUCACAAGGUCCGCCUGCAGCUCUCAGCUGCAUAAAGGGAACUGGGCUACUUCUAUUGGAGAGUGGGCGUUGGAGAAAGGACUAGAUGUUGGACUAGUUACAACCACCCGCGUAACCCACGCCUCGCCGGCGGGAAUGUACGCUCACACCUCGGAACGUAACUGGGAAUCUGAUGCGGACGUUCCCGACGAGUGCCUGCAGCUCGGCUGUCGGGAUAUCGCGCACCAGCUGGUUAUGAACAACCCUGGACGUCAGUUUAAGGUAAUAAUGGGCGGUGGCCGACGGGAGCUUCUCCCCAAGAUUCAGAACCCGCUGGUCAACAGCACUGGUCGUCGCUUAGACGGAUUGGACCUUACAGAGUUGUGGCAUAUCGACAAAACGCAGAAGAACGUCACGCAUCAGUACGUCACUGAUAGGAGUGAGCUACUGAAGGUAUCAAACUCUGAAGACCUUCCUGAAUACCUACUCGGCCUGUUCCAAGAUGACCACAUGUCCUACCACCUGCAAGCCGAGAACCAGCCGACCCUGGAGGAAAUGGUCGAGGUGGCCAUCAAAAUGCUGAGCAGGAGUCCUAAGGGAUACUUCCUGUUUGUUGAAGGCGGCAGAAUAGACCACGCACACCACGACAGUCUCGCGCACCUGGCCCUCGAUGAAACCGUGGAAUACUCCAAAGCGGUUAAGAAAGCCAAAGACCUGACCGAUCCUGAGGAAACCCUGAUCGUCGUGUCCUCUGACCACGCCCAUACUAUGACCGUAGCUGGGUACCCAUCUAGAGGCAAUGAUAUUCUAGGAGUUGUGGAUACCUCGCCAGGAGAUGAUGGGAAACCGUAUACGACUAUUAGUUAUGCUAAUGGGAAGGGGAAGUCGAUUGGGGAAGAUGGGAAGAGAGUGGAUGUGACUUUGCACCAGGCGUUUAUGGCUCGUGACGUCAGCUACGCGUACCCCGGCCUAGUCCCUCUAGACUCCGAAACCCACGGUGGCGAGGACGUCGCUGUCUUCGCUAGAGGACCGUGGCAACAUCUCUUCACGGCCAGCUACGAGCAAACCGUCCUCCCACAUCUAAUGGCGUACGCCAUGUGCCUGUCAGAAGACCAGCACGAAAACUGCAAGUUCAAGACGAGAUUCGGUCAUCUAUACCCGUCUAGCGGGAUAAGAAAUACACCUAGUGUGGUUAGUUUAAGUAUUUUGGCUGUGAUUGUUAGUGUCAAGUAUUUAUAUUAUUUAUAGUUUAGAUUUAAGUGAUGUAGAAAUGCAAAUAGGUGUAGUAUAAGAAAUAUGAUCCCUCACAAUGGAAAUGUCAAGAGUAUAUUUAUUAUGGCGGUAAUUAAUAAUUGAACAGUAUUCUUCAUAAUAAAUAUACAUAUGUAAAUUGGCCGUAGCAUAGCAGUUGAGUACAGUUUUAUAGGUAUGUUCAUUACUUGAAGUAUGUAACAUUAUAGGAUUUUUUAUAUUUGUAGGUAUCUUACAUCUGACUAGGUAAAAAAUCUAACUGUAGAAGCAACUAUUUUAUUUGUAUAAUCAUAUUAUUUUUCCUUUUCUCUUACAGGCAAUUUAUACACAUACCUACAUUUUUAUAGGCUACAAACUAGUUUGUAAAAACUUAUUUACAACAGGUAUAGGUAUAUUUUGAAUUACAUUAUUUCUUAUUGAACAAAAUAGUGAGGGAUCAAAAACAGGCUGUUUAGUACUUUAACUUUAUUGUAAAUAGUUCCUCGGUUAUAAAUAUAGAAAUUAAUAUAUAUUUAUGAAAUAAUAGUUUUAAGUAGAGAAAUGCUAACUGAAAGCCGUCCUUAAUCCAAAAAUGUGUUUAUAGGCACAAGAAGCAAAUUGCCAAAUUCGUUACUGUACAUUUCAUAGUUUACCAAAACUUAUUAUAAAAAAAAAAAACAAGGAAAUAGUGAAGUACAAAUAAUACAGUAUAAAUAAAAUCAUGAGAACAA